CGAUAGUGUUCACUCGAGAGUCCUUUUCAAUAUAGGCAGCUGUGUCAAAUGCAUCUCGCUCUGAAUACCACUCGCAGGCAACCAUCUCUUUCCCUCGAAAACAUCAACCUUUCUACAUCCCACUGUCAAUUUGUGGCAAUCCACAACAUUAGUCGUUAACGUCGUUGGUGUGUUCUUGUUACCACUUUCCAGUGGUGAGUUUCGCUCCUCACCUUUUGCUUUGAUGAAGGCAUGAAUGGCAUCCAUAUUGAAUUGAAAGGUAGAAACGCGAUUUUAUUUUCUGUGCUGAGUCGCGGGUUUUGGGUGAAAGGUAUUAUUUCCAUGGUGUUUUUCGUGUUCAAAUUAUACUCGAGUGGUGUUUUCACUAGCGUGUGAAUAGAACUGCGUGCUAACUGGGCGAAAUUGCGAUCUGCGCUCAAUGCGAAAGUGGAAUUGUUACAGCGAGGUGACACAAGGCAUUUUGGAAUUUGAUUUUUUGUAUGGGCUGCCGAGCGGCCAGCGAACGAAUACUAAUUGGUGAUAUUCCUUUUGCAUAAUAAUGUUCGUGGCGAACGAGACAGGUCGCUAGAACUAGUUGUGCGAAGUCGAGUGAAGUAAGUGCGAGGAGAUCGUCUCCAUUUUCGCCAGAGGAAAAAUAACUGUAUACGUGAUUGUGUGGCCGUGGUGGUGAAAAGUGUGAUAUCGAUUUAUCUGGAAUCGAUCCGCUAGGGAAAUUGGGCUCGAUUUUGGGGAUUCAGUUUCGACGAAAGAACGCUCCGCGCUAGCAUAGGGCUCUGCGUGCGGCGUGCAGUACGAAUGAGUUUUCUGUGCGAGUUCCGCUGCCGAUAGAAUGAGUUCAGCGGCAGCCAUUGCAGCAGAAAUAUCGCCCAAAAACAACUCCCUCGUCGAAGAAAGCCGAGAACCAGAAAUGUCAGUACAAGCAGCAGCAACUGUGACAGCGUCAACGGCGGGCGCCGGUGUUACCAAUGCAGCGGGCGCCCUGGCCGCUGGCGACCUGUCGUCGACCUCUUUGCCAUCGCCACAUCAAGCUUCAGCGUCGAUCUCGUAUCACACAAUCGAACAACAUUGCCGACUAUUGGAAGAAGAAAAUCAACAACUUAAAGAAUCUGAAGCCAGACUGCAACAACAACAUGCAGAUUCGCAACGUCGUGAAAGGCUUUUAAUGCGAAGGUUAGCGAAUAAGGAACAAGAAUUACAAGAUUAUGCUGCCCAAAUUGCGGAGUACAAAAAUGCACAAGCACCUGGCCAGGCUGCCCUCAGAUCUGCGUUACUUGAUCCUGCCGUCAAUAUCUUAUUUGAUAAACUCAAACAUGAAUUACAAUCAACUAGAGCGAAAUUGGAAGAAACACAAAAUGAAUUAUCAGCGUGGAAAUUUACACCAGAUUCAAAUACAGGAAAACGGUUGAUGGCCAAGUGCAGAUUACUUUAUCAGGAAAACGAAGAACUUGGAAAAAUGACAUCCAAUGGUCGUUUGGCAAAAUUGGAAGGUGAAUUAGCCAUGCAAAAAAGCUUCAGCGAAGAAGUAAAGAAGUCUCAGUCCGAAUUGGACGAUUUUAUUCAAGAACUCGAUGAAGAUGUCGAGGGAAUGCAAAGUACAAUCUUGUUCCUACAACAGGAGCUGAAAGCCGCUAAGGAUAGGAUUCAGCAACUUGAAAAGGAAAACUGCCCAUUAAAGAGUGUGGACGAAGAUGACGACGAAAAUGUAGAUAAUAGUAGACAUCUUGUUAACGGGAAGAGUUCUCCGCAAACGGGGUCCGGUCGCGAAAUAAGUGAUUAUUACGCUAGUGAAGAAAGAACUCCAAAAUAUAAUAAAAAUUCCACAACGUAUCACAUUGUCCAUAACAGUAAUAAUAGCAUAAUCCUUAGGACUAGCAAUUUAAUCUCGGACGAUUCAUCACGUAGAAGCAAUCUAUAUAACGGCAACCAUAAUGACUUAUCUUCGGCUAAUAUGAACGGUGGUGAUAGUGAUAUGAACAAAGCACAAAAUGAACAAACAUCAACGACUGGUGGUAGUGGUAACAAAGGUUAUUUGGAGAGUAGUAGUUGUAGUAAUAAUAGCACCUUAAAUAACAAAGCUAAUAAAGUUGUAAGUAAUCAAAGGAAAAGGAACUAUGAUAGUGAUUCAAGUGAAAACAGUAGUACGAACGGUUGUACAUUACGAAACAAUAAGAAAUUGAAGAAAAAGGCCCGCCGUUCGUCAGUUCUCUCAAUCGAUCUCAACGAAGAGGAUACUCAAAUAGCGGACGAAAGCGACGACGACGAAUUGACUCCGCUCCCGACAGCUGCGUCGGCUCCACCUGCUGCUACCAGUAAUCAAAGGAUUAUGACCCGCAGAAAAUCGGCACGCAAUCAUCAGAAUGGGGAUCACUAAUUCGACACGAGGAGUUAGUGUGUUCAUUAUAACCGGCUUUUGUAAAUUUCUAGAUGGACCAUGGCCACAUGUGAACUGUCCACAGGGUGUUUGAACUUGUAGAAUACAAUCUUGAAAACUGCAUUACUUUGAAUCAAGAUUUAAUAAAUUAGGCAACUACAGCUUUACUACGCUGAGUGGUAUUGACUAUUCGUCAUGCCGAGCAUACGAAUAGGGGGGCCUUCAACUCAUGUUAAGCUUUUUUCAAAAAUGUCUUCAUUUCUAAACGAUGAUUUACUGUGCUAGUUAUUUUUAAACUUAUAAGCUCAACUGUUUUAUUUAACGAAUAGUAGAUAAAUAUGCGCGAUUGCAUGCCUAACCUUUCUGCAAUUCGUGAAAUAUUUAGUUGCUUAGAUAUUUCCCUAAACUUUUUAUGACUGAAUUAAAGGAAAGUUCAGAGAAAUUUUCAUUUGCCUGUAUAUGGCCUCAAACGAAAAAAAACUGAAUAAUUUGAUUAUUCUCCUGCCAUUAUUUACCAUAAGAACUUUCUGUCUGCAAAGUUGUGAUCAAAGUUAUGUUUCUCUAUUAGCAAAAGCACUUUAAACAUCUUGAAGUCUUUAUCAUGAAUGUGCACAUUUAUUCUUUUCAAUUCAAAAUAAGAACAUUUUUGCAUUUUAUCCGGUUAAUUGAUGAACAGUUUUCAACCACUUAUUCAGUACCUACACCGCUCCGGGCAUUGCAAUAAACACAUGACAGCAGCAUAAUUGAAACGUAAACGUAGCACAUUCGUCUUUUUUGCCUAAAAAGGUACAUUGUUUUUGUAAAUAGUAAAGUGUACACAAUCACAGGUAAACGUAAGAACUGAAAUUCGUCCUUUCCUAUUAAGUUCAAACACCUUCAUAACUCAACAGUAAAUGUCAUUUUCAGUUGUUUUGGUUUAUUUUUUUUUUUUUAAUAUUAAAAGAUGAAGUUAUGAUGAAUUAGAAUAAAAAUAAAUUAUAUUAUUAUAAUAUAAGUGUACAAAAAUAAUACCGUUUAUAUAAAUAAAAACAUACAGUGUUUCAAAUACG